AUGAGGAAGGCUUGUGAGGAUUCACAUCAAUCUAAUCUAGCGAACGUGCAAAACCUUGUGUCUGAAUUGAACGUGCAACCAAUGGAAACUCCAUUACAUGCUACACAAGAAGCUCUUAGCAUGUUAGAAGCCUAUCUGAAUAUUUAUUCAACUAGAAGACAGCGGAAAUUCAAUUCCAACGAUUUAAAAACUAAAGAACCAAAUGUUUUCCCGAAAUCUUCAUGUGUUAUUCCAGAUGAGAAAUUUGCAGUAAAAAAAGAACCAUUGCAAACUGAUCAGAGAAGAGUGCAUAAAACUUCUGUCAAUGAUGAUGAAAAGCUAAAUACAGCUAUGGUUGCGAAAGAAUGUUUCGAUGUACAAAAGCGAUGCCAAAACCAAUCGUUGCAUUCUAAUACCAAUUCGAUGAAUUCUGGUGAUGCUUGUUUACUUAGAAAUGAAAAACCUGAAGUCGGAUGUCCUCAUAUUCAGUUGACAAAAGGUUCACUUCACAAGCCACAAAAAAUAGUGAUCUUAAUCCGUCUUUGGACACGGUUGAUGAUCUUGGCUCUUGUCCCCUGCAACCGGGUUCUUUAUAUGCUUUAA